UAUAAGCGCGAAAUUUCAGGUUAGUGAAUUAAAUAAUUUGAUCGCUGAUAAAAAAUCCUGCGUUAAGCGUAGUGUAAAAUGCAAUCGAAAAUUAUAUUUAAAACCCUGCCAAUUAACGGAUCUCAAGGAAUCAGUAAAGGAAUGUUUGGACUCUGAAAUCACGACUUAUGACGAUGGAUUGGAUGGUAUUAUUUUGAGCUUCAAAAACAUCCAAGUGUACACUCUUGCUGAAGAUAUCCCAGGAAUCCCUGAAAUACCAGUCAACUAUACCGCAGAUGUUUACGUUUUUAAACCCAAAGUUGGAAGUAUACUUACUGGAAUUGUGAACAAAAAGAGUGAAGACCAUAUUGGGUGCCUUGUCCAUAAAUUGUUCAACGUUACUAUUCCACGACCAACAACAAUUGCUGCCGAUGAAUGGGACGGAGCUGAUUUGAGCAUUGGUGACAACGUGACCUUCAGCAUUGACAAAGUUGACUUGACUGGUCACCUGCCAUAUAUUAAAGGAUCUAUCAACCAAAGCUAACAAACUACUAGGAAAGUAUUCCCCAAAAAGUCAGCGAAAAAUAAAAUUAAUGUAACAAUGAAGAAAAAAUCCUCUGAGGACAGGGAGGGAAGCACCAUAUCCUUAAACACAGAUUUUGAACAAUCAUUUAGUAAAAUUACUUUCAGGAAAAAGGACAAAUUUCAUAGCUCUUUGAUUAUGUCAGAUAUCAAUGAAGAGGAAGAUGAGUCAUCCAAAUUUUUAAAUAACUCUGAUUUGAUGGAUGAUAAUAAUGGAUGCAGUGCAAAGAAAAAGAAAAGGAAGAAAAAACGGAAAGAUAAGGAAUAUCUGGACAACACACUGAACAGUAGUAAGGAUGGUUGCCAUGGGGAAGAGGCUGAUGCAGGUAUGGUUGUUAAUGAAGGGGCGGAUUUCAUUUCAACAGAGCCACAGUGUUUAACAAGCACCACCCAAAAUCUCAACCGGAAGAAAAGAAAAAUCAAAGAUAAAUACCUUUCAAAAGAUGUACCACAAAAUGAAAGAGAAGGCGACGGAGGUACUAAUGAAGUCAAUAAUGAUAAUUGUAUGGAAAAUUCAGAUACAACUGAUACACCUAGUAAGAAAAAGAAAAAGAAGAAGCAUCAUACUAAAGAAGAAGAUUUACAAACUGAGGCUUUAAACAUAGAUAGUGACUUUUCAAGUACACUAAAAGAUUCAAAAACUAUUAUUCCAAAACAGUUUCAAAAGAAGAAAAGAAAACAUAUGACAUCGGAUGAAACCAACCCAAAUUUAAAUCUCAAUGAGAGUUUUCAAAAAGACAAAACCGCUAAAGACCUUCCAAAAGAUCUACAUGAACGUAUUCUCACUGAAGGAAGAGAAGGUGAUGGAAGUACUAAUGAAGUAAAUAAUGAUAAUUGUAUGGAAAAUUCAGAUACAACUGAUACACCUAGUAAGAAAAAGAAAAAGAAGAAGCAUCAUACUAAAGAAGAAGAUUUACAAACCGAGGCUUUAAACGUAGAUGGUGACAUUUCAAGUACACUAAAAGAUACAGAAACUAUAAUUCCAAAACAGUUCCAUAAGAAGAAAAGAAAACAUACGACAUCAGAUGAAACUAAUCGAAAUUUAAAUGUCAAUGAGGGUUUCCAAAAUGACAAAACUGCUACAGACCUUUCAAAAGAUGUUCUACAUGAAUGUAUUGUCACUGAAGGAAGAGAAGAAGGAAGAGAAGGUGACGGAAGUACUAAUAAAGUCAAUAAUGGUGCUGUGGAAAAUUUAGAGACAGCUGAUAUACCAAGUAAGAAAAAGAAAAAAAAGAAGCAUCAUACAAAAGAAGUAGAUUCAAUCAAAGGAAGGGAAGAUGAGAAGAACAUUAUAUUAUCCCUACAAAGCAAGGCUUUAAUCGUAGAUAAGAAGAAGAGAAAAGAUAUGAAAUUUGAUGAAACCAAUCCAGUUGCAAAUAUCAAUGAUAGUUUCCAAACAGAUGAAACUGCUACAGAUUUUUCUCAAAAUUUACACCCAUCCAAAAAACUUAAGAAAAAACAUAAAUCGUCAAAUGAAAAUCAUUUAUCAAAGCAACCCUCUCUGGAAAUUUACAAUGGCAAUGGUGCAGAAGAUAAAAAUGAAAACGUCCCGAAGAAAAAAAAUAAAACCCAUAGUAAUAAGCUUAAUUGUUACGCAGAUAUUCCACCUAAUGACUGUAGUUUAGAAAUGGCAGCUAACAAGCUUUUGGAAAGUAAAAAAGAAGGCCAAUGCUCCACGAAAAAACCGGGCAUUGAAUUUUCGGGAACUAUCGACAGUAAUUCAUUAGCAAAGGAACCCAGUAAAAGCAAAGCUAUUUCUGAAAAAUUGAAAGAUAAGAAAAGAGUUGACAAAGCUACAUCGAAGAAGAAGGAAAAGAAAGUUAAGAACAACUUUGAAACAUUGAAAAGCAAAUUACUUAAGGCAACCUUUGGUAAACACAAAAAAUCAAAAGAUAACCACCUAAAGUCAGCCAAACACAAAAAAAUUGAUGAUUUACAAAAACAAUUGUUGAAACAGGCUUUGGGGCGUUUAGAAAAGCCGGAAAGUAUACAAAAGUCAAACAAACCUCAAAUGAAGACUGAAGAAAAUAUCAAUGACCUUAGAAAAAAUUUUCUGUCAGAAGCUUUUAGCACCAUUAAAGAUUCUAAUGAAAAGACUGCAAAACUUAAAGCUAAAGCCAAUAUUCUUGAAAAUAAAACUCUUAAAAAAAGUAAAAGCGAGGAUAAUAAAACAGAGGUUAAAGUGAAAAAUAACCAAAAGAAAAAACCUGAGAUGAAGGAAAAUAAAAUAGAUAAACUGACGGAUGUUUUGAUCUCAAAAGCAUUAGAAAAAGUGUCGAGUUCUGGUGCAAGCCAUUCAUCCCAAGAAAAUAUAAAUAGUUUAAAUGUUAAGAAAGAAAAACCAAAGGACCAAAACCUAAAAAAGACUAAAGAAGAUAAACUAAAAAUCAAACUUCCAAGUAAAAGACCAGCCCAACACAAAGGUUUAGAGACAAGUGAGGAAUCUGAAAGAGAGAAAAUGAAAAAGGCUAUGUUAAGUUCUGCACUGAAGAAUUUAGAUGUAGGAUUAAAAACUUCAAAUUUAAAAGUAAGUACCACUAAGAAAAAUACAUAAGCUCUAUCGCAAAUUGUAUAAGUUAAAAUAUUUCAUCACAAGGGCGGAAAGUGACUCUUUUCAACCCGAGCUCAAGUUUCACGACCAAGGCAAAGCCGAGGUACACCGGAUAAAUCGAUACCUAAUUUCAAUACAUGCGAUUGCACACAAUGAAAGUUUACUGUGUCAAAGUUAACUUUGUUUGUUAACAACAGCUGACUUUUACUCUUCUGAUUGAUUGAUUUGAUACUCCCUAGGACGUAAAAGAGCUCAUUUAAAUUUUGAUCUUGACUGUAUAUAAUAAAUGCAUUCUCCGGGUAUAUUUUUUUUAAAUAAUUUUUCUCAUGCACUAGUAGUUUUCUGUUUUCUCCUCUCAGCCAAUUUAGUUAGCCUAUUUCCCUAUUUGGCAUGUAUCCUUUUAUGUGUCACAUUUAAUAAGAGUCUAUAUAAUUUUCUUAUCUAGUCUUUUAACAGAAUGAGACACAAAAUCACCCAACAAACAGUCAUUAGGCAAUAAACUAUCAAUUUUACCUAUUUUGUUUCUCUAUGUUCUGAUACAAUCUACUGUAUUUGUAAUUAGAGACACUAACUUGGGCGUUGGAUGUAUUGGACUGUAUGGACUAGAAAUUGAUAUGGAUAGAAGUAGAAGAUGAUUGUAAAUAUUUUUGUUUUGUCAAUUGCAACCAAUCUUUGUUAUUUGUUUCAUUAUAUAUGCUACCUUAUAUAUGUAUUAUGUAUCUUCAUUGUAUAAAUUUGGUCUUUUUUAAUUAAUGAUGAAAUAUUGCAAAAUAUUUUCUUAGUUCAUGAUAUUUCUUUGCAAAUUUUAUUGACUGGGAAGACCCCAAAGCUCCAUUAACUGUAGCUUCAAUGCUCAUUUAUUUGUAAUAGCUCCGAAGGAUUUUAAUUCUUGUUGAGCUGAUAACUUAACUGAAAUAAUGCCAUAUUUACGGAGAUAAACUUAUUUCUUCAGGUCCAACAAUUUUUUAAAAACGUCUGACAGCUCCCCAAUAUUAUUCAAAUCAUUCACUCAAGGUUGACCGUAGCCAAAAACGUUGUAAGGUCUAAUGAGCAGGUGGGAGGGGCCAAAGUUUUACGUGUGUAUGCCUUGUUUUCUUGAGAAUAACUUACCUACUUAAAUUAUGAUCUCUAAUGUAAAUUUAAGCUGAUAAAUUUGAUUAAGUAAAAGUCUUGCCAAAGGAUCGGAGCUAUCCACGUUCGUUAUGUGUGCAUUUUACUGACUUGCAAUCUUUUUACUGUAAUAAGUUAUACAUGUAGUUUUACAUAUAGUUGUACACCUACCUAUUGGAAUAGUUGAAUUUUGAAAAUAGGCCUAGUCUUUUGUAUGCAAUUUUGUGCAUGUAUCUUUAAUUAUAUAUUUUAAUCAGGACUUUUUUUAGCUAUUUUUCUGUUUUUUGUUGAGUUUGUUUUUAUUUUUACAAGUGCAAAUGUAAAAUAAAUAUACAAAUCUAGGAAGUGUAUAUAUUUUCCAUGAAAAAAUGUUGCUGUACAUAUUUUAGUGUUAAUAAGUACAAAGCUAAAAGUAAGGGUUGACUAAAAUAUCAGUUUAGAUUAAUAUCUUACAAAAUGUUUUUUAUUCUUAACUGUGUACAUUUAUUUUUUAUCACAAAUUAUACUUAGUGUUCUGAUUAUUAUAUU